AUGCGAAUGCUUCUUUCAACCAUUCUCGUCCUCGCAGCUUGCGGGACCUCUCAAGGCCGACUCGGCCUCGAGAAACGCAACAGCUCGCAGGUAUGGAAGGAAGUGCCCCAGCUUCCCAGGAACUCGUCGUCUGUGUUAGAGGCUCUGUUCCAGCCUUACUCGAACAAGACGCCUGUGUUUCAAAACAGCGACGUCAUUAAAGAGUUGUCUGAGAAUCCCGGCGCGAGGCUCAGCCAUCUCAACUCCGGCUUUCUAUCCAAAAGACAAUCGAGCACGCUUCCCGACGGGGCUUGUGCCCCCGGGGUUCCUUGCACGAACGGCGCGUGUUGCAGCAACACGGGCGUAUGUUCGUACGCGCCUACGAGCUGCGGCGCCGACGUGUGCAUUUCCAACUGCGACGCGAAAGCUCCUUGUGGUGAAUACGCGCACCCCGAAAACGCAUCAUGUCCUCUAAAUGUAUGCUGUUCGCAGUACGGCUUUUGCGGCACCGGUGACUUAUUCUGCGGAGACAAAUGCCAAGAGGGCUACGGAAGCUGCGGGCCUCCGCCGACCCCCUCAUGCGGAGCCGGGUCCAUCAUAUCGCGGCGCAUCGGGUACUACGAGAGCUGGGCGACGACACGACCGUGCGAUGUAUUCGCGCCCGAGGACCUAGACGUGACGGGGAUGACGCACCUCAACUUCGCCUUCUCCUUCUUCGACCCGUCGACCUUCCAGAUCACGCCCAUGGACGCCAACGCGGGAUCGCUGUACUCGCGCUUCACGGCGCUGAAGACCAAGCAGCCGGGGCUGCAGACCUGGCUUUCGAUCGGUGGCUGGUCGUUCAAUGACGCGACGAACACGCCGAACACCCAGAACGCGUUCAGUAAUAUGGUUGGGUCGGCGGCGAACCGACAGGCUUUCAUCAAUUCGCUGCGUAACUUCAUGCAGACGUAUGGUUUUGACGGUGUCGAUAUCGACUGGGAGUACCCAGUCGCAGACGACCGCGGCGGCGUAGCAGCCGACUUCACCAACUUCCCCGCCUUCCUAGCCGAGCUGCGGAGCUCGUUUGGCAGCGGGUUAGGCAUCAGCGCGACGCUGCCGUCGUCGUACUGGUACCUGCAGCACUUCGACCUGCUAGCGAUGGAGCCGAGCGUGGACUGGUUCAACUUCAUGAGCUACGACAUCCACGGCGUAUGGGACUCGACGAACAAGUUCACGGGGCCGUACAUACGGCCGCACACGAAUCUGACGGAGAUCGAUGACGGGCUGUCCCUGAUGUGGCGCGCUGGUGUUAAUCCGUCCAAGGUUGUGCUUGGGCUGGGUUGGUACGGGAGGUCUUUCACGCUUACGGACCCGGGUUGUAAUACCCCGAAUGGCAUAUGCCAGUUUCUCACCGGCGGCGCGGAGGGCGAGUGCACGAAGUCGUCUGGCACGCUUUCGAAUGCUGAGAUUAAGCGUAUCCUGGCAACUGGCGUCGGCGUCGAGUCGUAUGAUGAAACUGCGGCGGUCCGCUGGUUGACGUGGAAUUCGAACCAGUGGGUUAGUUACGACGAUGGCAAAACCAUGCAGCAGAAGAUGUCGUACGCCAACAAGUUAUGCCUAGGAGGGAUUAUGAUCUGGUCUCUAGACCAAGACAACAAGGCUGGCGAUAGUAUGAACGACUUGCUAGGCAUCGGCACAGGCAACGGGGUUUCGGAAGAAGCCGCCGAAUCGUUCAGGGAGCAACUAGCCAACGCGACACUACAGAAAUCCAUAGCAUCGAGCUGUUACUGGUCAUUAUGCGGUGGCGGCUGCACGACAGGCUAUUUCGACCAGACCGAGGCGCGCGGUCAAGUCGCAGGCAUCCAGCAGAAAUCCGUAUGCCCCGCCGGCCAAUUCCAGACGUUAUGCUGUGCGCCGGGCACCACCAUGGGAACCUGCCAAUGGGAAGGCUUCCGCGGAGUCGGGUUUCCCUGUUCGCCAGCCUGUAGCGACCCGGACGCCACCAUCGUAGCGCGGAAUAGCAAUUCGUACCAGACGAACGAGGACGGCCAGAUCGCCGAUUUGACCUGCAACGGCGGAUAUCAGGCUUAUUGCUGCAAGGGAUUCAUCCCCUCGUCGAUUACCAAUUCAGGGAACCUCAAUCUGUACGGUCAAAACGCCACAACCGCUAUCAGCAAACGUGAUGGUGUCCAGGAACAGGGCCUUUCCGUCCAAAAGCGCGGUGCGCCCCUCCUUCUCGGAGCUUUAGGAGCGCUUUGCCUAGAAGCAGCUAUCCCGUUGCUCGCUAUAGCACCGAUCACCUUCGGCCUUAGCGCCGCGGUCGAGGGGUUAAUCUGCGUUGCGGCCGCCGCAUCCGCCGUUGCCAUCGGUUUUGCCAUCAUCAGCGGUCUCAUUGGUUGGCUAUUCGGCUCGUCGCCGUCGAAACCCAACACCGGGGUACAUACCACCAUCGGAACACGAUCAGCCUAUGGCCAGUGGCCGCUCCUUGAUUUCGGCGGAGGCUCCACGGCAACCAGCUGCGACUGCGCGGUCACGUAUACGUGCAAGUAUGGCAUGGGCUGGGACGAGGUAUGCGACAACCAGCGCUGGGCCAUCAACAAGAUGCUCAACGGACAAACCGUCUUCCACCCAUUCUUCUCCGGCAGAGCUACGAGUCGCGCAUAUUCGCGAUGGGCAACGACGAAUUCCCAGCAACGCCGCAUACCGAACUCUAUUGCAGGGCUCGAGGCAACCCGAGGGCGCACGGCUUGUCGCUUGGUUAACCGCCCGGCGAAUCAGGCGCAGGGUCGAGAUUACAGCGCGUGGAAGGCGGCGCAGUGGUGGCCGUGUGCGAGGUACCGAACAUCCGUGUGUAGUAUCAGUGACAAUGGGCCACCAGCUACCUGGAAAUUCGGACCGCUAGCCGGGGGUCGCGGCUCUGGAAGUGGCAAACACUUCAUAGAUGCCUAUGGCUUUGAUUCGCAGACGCCCAACUCACUUUGUUUUGCCUCGUUUACCUACACUCAGGCGGUGGGAGUUCGUGCAGACACAAUGAUCGUUGACCAUGGCUUCCGUGCUCUUGAUGAUGACCCCAUGUUUGGAGCUGCUUAUGGCUGGCCUCGACAGUCCUACCGCUUAGAUCCAGCCCCAUUAGCGAGCGCCGGAAUCCGGCCAACCAAUCUCCAACCGGGGAUAUUCCAAAGAGGGAUGUUGAUAGCCGGCAACAGUACCGAAAACGGCACGAGCUCAUCGGCCGACAUGGACAACCCCGCCGUGGUCUGCCACGUCGAUCUCGGAUCGGGAUAUAACGACGUCCCGCAUGUUAAUGCUAACCUUGACUAUGACAAGCUCCUCUUCGUUGACAUGGACGGUGAGGUAGUUGACGGACGGACAUGCGGUGUCAUAUAUGAUGAAAACAAGCCAGACUUCCAGGUACAUAUCGUGAUUGACGAGGACGGCAACCCGGUAGACAUGUAUAUGGGCGAUGACACCGGUCUCUGGCCAAGCAAUGAUGUGCACGAGAGUCCUGUUACAGCCACUGCCGAACCAGCCGUCAUCACCGCGACAACGGAGGCCGCGCGUCCGGCGAGCGACGAGAUUUCGCCUGCUUUGCCCGUAAGUACGACGGCAACGGUGACGAGAUCGGGAAGUGUUGUCACGCCGGCGCCAUUUUAG